AUGUUCUGGUCCAUGAAAUAUAUACAUCAUAAGCAAGCUGAAAGCCAAUUGCAUGCUGCAUGCAAGUGGAUCUCUUCACAUCCGGAGGCCAACUUUACCGUUGUGAUUAACCCAGCCAGCGGCCCCGGGCCCGAUGCCCUGCCCGAUGCUAAUUAUACCCGCGAGAUUCCCAAGCUCGACUCUUAUGACAACGUGCGUCUCUUGGGUUAUGUUCCUACAACCUGGGCUAAACGCAACAUCUCGGCCGUGCGUCGCGACAUCGAAACCUACGCAGAGUGGCCGACCAACAGUUCGAACCCUAAGCUUGCGGUUCGGGGUAUAUUCUUUGACGAAACACCCCAACAGUAUGAUGCCGAUGCGUUGUCAUAUUUGCAAGGGCUCAGCUCAUUCGUGAAAGGCCUUUCUGGCCUUGGUCCAGACAACUAUAUUGUCCAUAACCCGGGAGGAGUUCCAGACUCUCGUUACAUGUCUUCAGCUGACUCGACUGUCGUAUUCGAAGAGGCUUAUGACACCUUCAACGAACGUAAUGGCACGAAGCAGUUCGACGUUCUGCCGAAGAGUGACCGCGAUCGCGGUCAGCUCUGCAUCGUGAUCCACUCCGUUCCGGACGGGGUUGAAGGUUCGGAACUUCGUGCUCUUGUCAAGAAGCUUCGCAAGACCGCCGAUGAGAUUUUCAUUACCCACCUGAGCACAGACUACUAUGCCAGCUUUGGGGGCAAGUGGGGCGAAUUUGUCGAUUGGAUGGCUAAAUAA